AUGCUGAGACGAAGGGCGCCUAGAGCGUGCAUAACCUGCCACAAUCGUAAAGUCCGGUGCGAUGUGUCGAGGAAAGGCACUCCGUGUUCGAAUUGCUCGAGAGCCGCCGUUGUCUGCUCCGUUGACGACCGAGGGAAAGAGAGGCCGAUGCAGCAUCCUGGCAGGACGAAUCUGCCUCAGGCCAACGUCUAUACAUUCAAGAUUGGCGAGCGCUCGGGAUGCAACAGAAAUGGGGAUAAAGUCGUCUCUCCUCAAACAACCGCCGGUGGGCAAGCCUCGUUGGCGUGUUCUUUUGACAAUGCUACCCCGGUGGAAUGCUGUGACGAUGGCGAAAUAGCUGAUACGUCUCCCAGAGACCAAUCUGAGCUUCCGAGCUACAUCGCACCUCUUCCUGCGGGGCUUGACCAUGAUAUCCGGCAGCUCCUAUUGAGCAGGGGAGCUCUUACAGUUCCCAGCAAAACGAUGAUUGAUGAGUUGCUGAGAGUAUUUGUCUGUCACGUAUAUCCUUUACUACCGGUCUUGGAUAUGGCCAGUUUCCUCGGCGCAGUAAACGGUACAGAGAACGACAAAAUCAGUCUGGUGUUGUUUCAAGCCGUGAUGUUUGCCGGAGUCGCCUUCACAGAUCUAUCCCAUUUGCAACAAGAGGGGUUCCGAACUUAUAACGACGCCCGGAAAACCUUCUUCGACCGGGUAAAGCUCCUGUACGAAAUGGAUGUCGAGUCAAACCCUACGACGAUGAUACAGAUACUGCUGCUUAUGACAUAUUGGUAUGGUCAGCAGAAUGAUACGAAGGGUCGAUUCUACUGGCUACGGACUGCUUUCUCUUUGGCCACCGAUAUUGGUUUGGACAGGCAGCACCAGUUUUCAAACGAGUCGGCCCGGCAGCGAAUGAGGCGAAAGUUGUGGUAUUGCUGUCUGAUGAGAGACAAACUUCUAUCCAUAACGGAACGGCGGCAAAAUGCUCACCGCGGCCAAGGUGAGAACCUUGACAGCAUCGACCCAGCUGACUUCGAGGACGCAGCUUUCAGUCGGGCAUUGCAUCAAUACUAUAGGCCCGGCCAAGGGAUUGAACCAACGAGCCUGGGUCAAUUAUGCGCACAAAAGGUCAAAUUGUGCCUUAUUAUUGGACGCAUCCUCGAUUCGCAAUAUGAGUUGAGUGGCGUACGGCUCGUGUAUUCGAGCGACCCCUUCAUGGUCUUGAUCCCGAAAACGAAAAUUCUCACCACCGAAGCAGCUGCUCGGGACCAAGAGCUUCGCGGAUGGUGCACGGAGACGGCAUCUAUCAAAGAGGCAGCCUUGGGCCAGCAUCAUGGCCAAAAUGGAAGCUUACUGGGCUUACAUUCUGCGACCAUCGAACUGUUAUAUUUGACUGCGCUGUGCACCGUCCAUCGGCCGCUGCUCCUCCAUGAACAAUCAAAGGGCUCUGCUGCUGAAGCUUUGCAAGGCUUCUCCCGGCAGACUCUUCGAUCUGCCGCACGUCGAAUCUCGGAAAUAGCGAGACAAUUGGAGGAGAGCCAUCUCCUCGAAGUCAUGCCGCCGCUGGCCGUGGGAGCCCUGAUCGUGGCAUCUAUUCAACACUUGAAAGAUGCUCUAUCGACCGAGCCAGAGCUCCGAGGCACUGGAAAUCUGUACCUCAGGCAAACUAUCCAAGCAUUCGCGGCAUUAAGCCCGAAGUACAAUUCCGCGGAUUGUGCAAUCGGUUUCAUUGAGCGCGUCAGGAGCGGCAAACUCCCGUAUCGAACUUUCGAGUGGGAAGAUCGAGCCAAUCCUCGGCCGUCUUAUGAUGAAUGUACACUGAUGAGCACAAGCGGGGAGUCGAACGCCAUCGCCAUCGCAGGGACGGACAUGGACAGCACUGCCUCGCCGUUUGUUACACAAAGCACCAAUGCGAGGUUGCAAAAUGACAACAGAUAUCAUGCAGCGGACAUGUUUGGAAGUUCGUUCGCAAGCGAAGAGGACUUCAAUAUACCCUACUUUCGAUCAUCAAAUCUAGACGCUAUUUCCGAGUUGUUACUAUCUGCCCCAUUCGAUGCCAACAACAUUGACUGGGCAAAUAGGGACUGGCGUUAUGCCGGAAGUACGGGGACUUGA